CUGUAAACACCGAGACCGUUUACGUCAUAUCAGCGCGCCGAAGAAGUGAGACGCACACAACAUGCGCAACAACAACAACAACAAAAAUGGAAAACGUUACAGCCAUGUGCAUUUCUUACGUUCUUUACGCGCUGAUUUUGGCGCAGAUCAGAUGUACGUUAUCCGUUGUGCUGAUGGUGAUGUCCGAAGGCAGGAGACAGCGCAAUUUGCUCCUGGAUUGUUCUAAUUACACGAGCUCCGCUUUACUUCACAUUGCGUCUUCAGUUCUUCCACAAAGCUCUCGGUCAUGUUGGAUGCGGGUCCGGAGCAGAGACUGGUGGGAAAGAGUCGUUUUAAAAGAAUUCACUGAUUGUGAAUGGAAGGAUAAUUUUAGGAUGACCCGCAGGUCAUUCAACAAGUUAUGUGUAUUGAUGGAAGGAGUGUUAAGCCCCCAGGACGUGACUGUUCGAGCACCUGUCCCGUUACAGAUGAGGGUAGCGAUCGUUCUGUACAAACUUGCCAGCUGUGCAGAGUACAGAGUUGUUGCUAACCAGUUUGGGGUCCACAAAUCCACCGUGAAGAAGUUUGUGUAUUUAUUCUGCAAGGGAAUGGUGUCUUCGGUUAUACACGACUUCAUCAAAGUGCCUACUGAAGAGGAAGCUUGCGCAAUCGCACUUCGGUUUGAACAAAAGCACCACAUUCCUCAGAUUAUGGGAUGUAUUGACAGGACUCAUAUUCCAGUAUUGCCGCCAAGCGACGGGUACAGAGAUUUCGUGAACUGCGAAGGAUGGCCCUCUUAUGUGCUUCAAGCAGUAGUGGACGACAUGUACCGGUUUUGGAACAUCAAUUGCAAAUUGCCGGGGAGUGCACAUGAUGUCGAUGUGCUCAGGCAGUCGUCUCUGUUUGCCCAGGCACACAUCUUACCAAAGAAUCCCAGAGAAAUCCAUGGAACCCCUGUCAGACUCUUCCUGCUCGGAGAUCCAGCUUACCCACUUAUGGACUGGCUCAUUAAGGGUUACACUCACUCUCCACAAAUAACUCCUGAACAGGAGUCCUUUAAUUUUUACUUGAGUUCUGCCAGGACUACAGUACAACGAGCUUUUGGAAGGCUGAAGUCACGCUGGCGAGUGUUAAUGAAGAGAACGGAUGUCCACUACACAUUCACACCCCAUGUAAUUGCCACUUGUUGUGCGUUACACAAUUUCUGUGAAAAUGAGAAAGAGAACAUUAAUCCGACCUGGAUGGAGGAAGCGACUGCGUUGGAAAGUGAGCUACCACAGCCAGGUGUUCGUCCCUAUAAUGCAGUGGAGUGUCAUGGUGGUCAGGCGGUUAGGUCCGCGCUAACGGAGUAUAUGAGGGAACACUUUCCUCUGCACACACCAACAAUAUAG